GCCGGCGAUAUUAGCUAGCAUUCGCCCACGGUAUUCUCUGCAAAAGGGAAGACGGUAAAAAAAAACAAGGCAACUACAUCUGGACUGCUCAAGGACUGUAACUAAGCUAAUAAAUUAUAACAACCAACAAAGGACUAAUUAAUUGGGAUUCCAUCCGACGGUUUAAUUUCUGUUGUUGGAGUCUGUUUGUCUCACGAUGGAAGAGAGCAGUGCACACUUCUUCGAGGGGACCGAGAAGCUCUUGGAGGUGUGGUUCUCCCGACAAGACGAAACCAAAGGAACCGGGGAUCUGCGCACUAUCCCCAGAUUUGAGUGGGACAAACUUCUGGAGAAUGUGCAUUGUUUGAUUAUAAGUGUGACAAAGUCUGACAAGCAGGAAGCUUAUAUACUCAGUGAGAGUAGCAUGUUUGUCUCCAAGAGACGUUUCAUUUUGAAGACAUGCGGAACCACCCUCUUACUGCAGGCACUGGUGCCACUGCUGGAACUGGCUCGUGAGUACUGCGGCUUUGAUGCCAUCGAGAAUUUCUUCUAUUCUCGUAAAAAUUUUAUGAAGCCCACCCAUCAAGAGUUCCCUCACCGCAACUUCCAGGAGGAAGUCGAGUUCCUCAGCCAGAUUUUUCCAAAUGGAGCAGCCUACUGUAUGGGACGUCUGAACUCAGACUGCUGGUAUUUGUUUACGCUGGAGCUGCCGGAAUUCUGGGAGAACAAGCAGGCGGACCAGACACUAGAAGUUCUGAUGAGUGACCUCGACCCAGCUGUGAUGGACCAGUUCUACAUGAAAGACGGUGUUUCUGCUAAUGAUGUCACUCGUAUGAGUGGAAUUCGUGACCUGAUUCCAGGUUCAGUGAUUGAUGCCACAAUGUUCAACCCUUGUGGAUACUCCAUGAAUGGAAUGAAAACGGAUGGAACUUACUGGACGAUUCACAUCACCCCCGAACCAGAGUUCUCCUAUGUCAGCUUUGAAACCAACCUCUCCCAGACGUCUUAUGACGAGCUUAUCCGCAAAGUCGUGGAUGUCUUCAAACCAGGGAAAUUUGUGACAACGCUUUUUGUCAAUCAGAGCUCCAAAUGUCGCAGCGUUUUCUCUUCGGCUCAGAAGCUGGAGGGUUACCGCCUCUUGGACCGCCAGUUGGCCCACUUCAACGACUACAACUUCGUCUUUACCAGUUACACCAAGAAUCGCCAGCAGAAGCAGAGCUGAACCUCCGAAAUGAAGAAGCGUAAAAAGAAAUCCUGCCGCCGUGAGGAACAACUCGGCGGCCGGUGUAGUCUUGUAGCGGAGAGGCGGUGUUUGUGCGUGGAGUCUUCUGGCUGUAGAUCUUCCCUGAGUUUACCAUUUAUGCAUUCUUGUACCUAUGACGUAGAUAUCGUGCAUGAAAGCUCUUCUCGUGUCUCUGUAGAUAUUCUAGCCCAUUCUUGCUGUGAUCUUGAAGUGCAUGUAGAGUUCUUGAACGUGGUGGUGUGUGUGAGGCAUGUCACACCAUCCCGGUACAUGCAAUGCUCCCUUCCCUUCCUGCAAGUGUCCCCUCGCAUCCCCCACAGACAGGGUUUCCGACCUCACUAGGCAAGGACCCUGACGUGCUCAGAUCCGUCUCGUCUCCAGACCCAGUCCAGAAGCGAUGUCUUUCGCGAUACACUCCAGUGUUUUGUACGAGUUCAUCGGUGUGCGGAAAGGUGUUUUUGGGGGGUUUGACUUACUUUUCUUUUCAUUUCAUUUAAUACACGUGGCGUUGGUUAUUUAAAUCGCUCAGUAUGUGUUCAGCUCGACUGUGUAGCUAGCUAACUACUCUGACAGUGUGAAGAAGUCCUGAAAACAAACUUUAAAUAUUCCUCGUUUAUCUUAUUUCAUUUCACCCUGCAGGCAGCUGUCUUUAUUCGGUGUACUAGAGAAGUGAGCGUUUUAGAAGUUGAGUAACUUAACUGUCACCUUCGAUGUCGACAGCCUGCUCUUCUUUUAGGGACUGUUUUGGAAAACAGUGCUUGUUUCAAUAAUACGCUAGUUAGAUGGUUAGCAUUAAGCUGAACUAGGUACAGGUUAAAAAUACGCACGAUUCUUAUGAUUCCCUUCAUCAGCUUUACAGGUGGUCAAUUUAUUCAAAAUAUACAGAGAAGUGAAUGUUACUUAACUGUUGCCUUAAGUCUCAACAGCAUAUACUCUGCAAUAUAUAACCAUUGUGGUGAAAGUCAGCUGUUGUCUUCCUUUCCUCAAAAUCAAAUGACAUUUAACAUGAAUGUAUUAAAAGAAAAAAAAAACAUUAGUUAGUUGAAGGGUGACAAUAUGUUCUAUAAAAAGAAGUAAGAAUGAAUUUUUCUGAAUAAUGUAGCAAGUGCAGAAGAGGCCUGUGUGGGAGAAAGAGGGAAUGGUGUUCUUUGCCUUCCGUCCGUCGUUUGUGUCAUUGUGAAGGACCCUGGGGCUGUCCAGCGCUGAGCCUGCUCAAUGCAGGCCUCUGAAUUGAAACGGUUGGACAGACACUUUGCUUUAGUGUGCCGAUCGCACAGCAAAGCAUUUUUCUUUUUCUAAACAAAAUGAGUUCUCUCUCUUUUUCUCUACAGAAGCCGGUGAGCACACAAUAGGCGCGCACGGAUCUGAGCAUGUCAGGGCUGACCCGGAUCAUUCCACACCCCACGCCUGCAUAAAGUGCAGUUUUAUUAAUUUUUUUUUUUUUUUUGCCCCUGCCAAGCAGACUUUAUUUUAAUUUUUUUGCAGUAGAUUUGUACACCCCUCCAGGUCAUGCCCUCUUUGUGCAUUGAGAAAAAAAGGGGUUUUUUUUGUUUUUUUUCCCACAAGUGCUAUUGCAUGCGACUAGCGUGUAGCAGGAUGUUUUCCGUGCAGUGUCUCCGCUUCAGCCCUUUGUACCGUGUUUAAUUUCUGUUCGUACGACGUAACAAACUUUGUUCAUAGGUCCUGAGUGUGAUGAGCGGUGGGUGUGGUUUUAUUUUGACCCUCCCCGUGCUGACGGAGAAGCUGAGUUACGCAGCUGGUGUAGUUGUGAGGAGGAUGAUGUUUUUGUUAUGUCUCCUUCGUAGUGGCAGAUCGGUUUGUGAAAUCUUCUUUGCUAGAAGGUCCUGCCACUGAGAGAAAUCUGAAAAUGGCAGGUGUCCCUACAGAACACCAAUCUAGUAACGAAUGUGUCUUAAAUGCAACUCUGCCGUCUGAAAGGUCAAAGGGCAGCUGGAUGUUUACAGUAGUAGUUCGGAGGAAAAAAACAAAGCAAUUGAAUUUAAUUUAAUGGACAAUGUAGGUGUCAGACGUGGACCACUGUUAGGAGAAAUAACAUGAGCAUGAUCGCAUAUCACACCUAGCGUUUUUCCAGUGAAGUGGUGGUUUCAAACAUUUUUCUGGUCUUUCUAUGUGGGAUUUAUACAGUAUACAAGAGUGCAGGGGGGGCAUUGAUGUUGCGGACCAAGUAUAUCUAUAUACUAUUUUAUUUUAAUUUUUUUCCCUUUUCUGACCCUGUUCUGAGGUGGGGAGUGACCUUUUCAGAUGACUUGGACCUUUUUUUCCUCUUUCUUACUAGUUCUUCCCAGCCAGUGUUGGUUGGUAAGGAAACUACAGAAAGGAUUUUCACAGGAAGUUGGGAAGAGGAAACUUUGCUGUUCCAAUUCUCUUGCUAUUUCCUUGGUUGGUCAAGAUGUGCUAAAUAUAUCUGUACUAAGAGCUUGAUGCUUUCAAUAAAGUUCAUAACCAUCA